UCUUUAGUAUGCAACUGUGCCUUCAACGUGACGCCGGCCGGUCUGUGAAUAUUUGAGUAAACAAUUCUCUGUGUGAUAAUGUGGAGUUCAGGAGAGAAUAUUGAUAAUGUUUAUAGGGCGAUCGAAGAUGACCUACGUCAACAAGUGUCGGAGCUCCGAGCCAAGUCUUCGGGUGCGCAGCCGCGGCUGGCCAUCGUGCAGGUCGGCGGCCGUGAAGACUCCAACGUAUACAUUCGAAUGAAACUGAGAGCUGCUGAGAAUAUUGGCAUCUUAACUGACUAUAUCCGACUGCCGAGAGACUACACGCAAACUGAUUUGCUGACGAAGAUAACAGCCCUGAACGAGUCCCCACUGGUGCACGGAAUUAUCGUUCAGAUGCCGCUGGACUCUAAACACCAAAUCGACGCACAUCUCAUCACUGACGCUGUCUCCUCGCACAAAGAUGUCGACGGUUUGAACACCGAGAACGAGGGUCGUGUAGCGAUCGGCGACUUCUCUGGCUUCCUGCCGUGUACUCCAGCGGGCUGUAUUGAGUUGAUCAAGCGCACUGGCAUUAGUAUAGCUGGCAAGCGCGCGGUGGUUCUGGGCCGCAGCCGUAUAGUCGGCACGCCAGUCGCCGAACUCCUCAAAUGGGAAAAUGCGACUGUUACCGUCUGCCACUCCAAGACUAACGACUUGAGCGAGAUCACAAAGACCGCUGAUAUCUUAGUGGUAGCUAUCGGCAGGCCUGAGAUGGUUCGUGGGUCUUGGAUAAAACCUGGAGCGGUUGUAAUUGAUUGCGGAAUUAAUCCUAUACCAGACGCGUCAAAGAGGAACGGCCAGCGUAUAGUCGGCGACGUGGCGUACGCGGAGGCGGUGCAGGUGGCGGGGCACGUGACGCCGGUGCCGGGCGGCGUGGGCCCGCUCACCGUCGCCAUGCUGAUGCGCAACACCGUGCUGGCCGCGCGCCGCCAGCUGCAGCGCCUGCUGCUGCCCGCCUGGCCGCUGCAGGUGUUGCGCCUCAACCCGCAGACACCGCCGCCCAGUGACAUAGUGAUAGCGCGGUCUCAGAAGCCGAAGCACAUCGCGCGGCUGGCGGAGGAGAUAGGCCUGUUCCCCAGUGAGGUGUCGCAGUACGGCAGCACCAAGGCCAAGAUCUCCCUUUCCGUGCUCGACCGCCUGCGCGACCAGCGCGGCGGCAAGUACAUCGUUGUCGCAGGUAUAACGCCGACGCCGCUGGGCGAGGGCAAGAGCACGACGCUGCUGGGCCUGGUGCAGGCGCUGUGCGCGCACCGCGGCCGCAACGCCUUCGCCUGCAUGCGACAGCCCAGCCAGGGUCCCACCUUCGGGGUCAAGGGAGGAGCUGCCGGCGGAGGAUACUCACAGGUUAUCCCCAUGGAGGACUUUAACCUCCAUCUAACUGGGGACAUCCACGCGGUCACCGCGGCCACCAACUUGCUGGCAGCGCAAAUGGAUGCUAGAAUAUUCCACGAGCUGACGCAGAAGGACGGGCCGCUGUACGACCGGCUGGUGCCGAAGGUGAAGGGCGUCAGGAAGUUCUCCGCCGUGCAGCUGCGGCGGCUGAAGAGGCUGGGUAUAGACAAGACAGACCCCGACUCACUCACAAACGAGGAAAGGACCCAAUUCGCCAGACUUAAUAUUGAUACAAACAAGAUUAUGUGGAGAAGAGUUGUGGACUUGAACGAUAGAUACCUACGAAAAAUAACUAUCGGUCAAUCGCCGACGGAGAAGGGCUUUACUCGGGAGACUGCGUUCGAUAUUUCCGUUGCGUCAGAGAUAAUGGCCAUCCUGGCGCUCGGCAAGGACGUGGAAGACAUCAAGCAGCGCCUGGCUUCCAUGGUGGUCGCACUCGACACCAGCGGGCAACCCGUCACUGCUGAUGACCUGGGUAUGACUGGCGCGCUGCUGGUGCUGCUGCGGGAUGCGCUGGAGCCGACGCUGAUGCAGACGCUGGAGGGCACGCCGGUGCUGGUGCACACGGGGCCCUUCGCCAACAUCGCGCACGGCUGCUCCUCCAUCCUGGCCGACAGGAUCGCCAUACAGCUCGCCGGGGAGCGCGGCUUCGUCGCCACUGAGGCCGGCUUCGGCUCCGACAUCGGAAUGGAGAAGUUCUUCGACAUAAAGUGUCGCGCGAGCGGGGACACGCCGCACUGCGUGGUGCUGGUGGCGACGGUGCGCGCUCUCAAGAUGCACGGCGGCGGCCCGCCCGUCGCGCCCGGCCUGCCGCUGCACCACGACUACGUGCAGGAGAACGUAGAACUGCUAAAGAAGGGCCUGUGCAACCUGGGCAAGCACAUCAGCAACGGCAACGCGUUCUCGGUGCCAGUCGUCGUCGCCAUCAAUCGUCACGGUAACGACACCGAAGUGGAGUUGAAGUUGGUGAAGGAGUUUGCGGAGGCGAGCGGCGCCUUCCGCGCGGUGGUGUGCGAGCACUGGGCGCGCGGCGGCGCGGGCGCGCUGGCGCUCGCGGACGCCGUCAUCGAAGCCUGCGCCGCCCCUUCGCACUUCUCCUAUCUCUACCCGCUCUCCCUCACCAUACAGGAGAAAGUGCUUACCAUCGCCAAGCAGAUGUACGGCGCCGGACAAGUAGAGUACACUGACGAAGUACUGGAGAAGAUAAAAGUCUUCACUGCUAUGGGGUACGACAAGCUGCCGGUCUGCAUGGCGAAGACGUCCAACUCGCUGACAGGCGACCCGGCGGUGAAAGGCGCGCCCACUGGCUUCACGUUGCGCGUCACCGACAUGUUCGUGUCGGCGGGCGCCGGCUUCGUGGUGCCCGUGUGCGGCGAGAUCAGCAAGAUGCCCGGCCUGCCCACGCGGCCCAGCAUCUACGACAUUGACCUCAACACGCGCACCAUGGAAAUAGAGGGCCUCUUCUAACAGGCUCCUGAACCCUUCAUUCGACGGAGUUUUUGGUGACAAAAAAUAUUAAGGGUCUGUCCCAAAAUUCAAUUUUAAAAUAUUUGAUGCAAAUAUCGGACUUUGGUACUCUGUCUGAAAGUGACGUCACUUUUAAGCUAUCUGAGCCUCUAUCAGCCAAUGAUGGGACAGGCCCUAAUUGUUCCCAACAUUUUAAAAUCAAAAUCUCACGUAUUUUUCUCUACACCAAUUUAAAACAUUUUUUUAAUUAGUUGUUCGUCACUAGACACCAUUGAAUUAAGGGUUAACCUUCAGUUUUAGAAUAGUUAAAGUGUCCAGUUAACAUUUUAUCUGCCACUUUCAAUUUAUAUAUUCGCUUUUGCUUUCUUUUAUAUUAUUCAAAUGACAAUUGACAAUGACAAUUUUAAUCAGACCCCUCACAACCGUACUGUUGGUUUGUCAGCCGAUACGAAGCGGUUCAAAUUCUUUCAAAGUUCUAGUUUAUAAUGAUAUUAAAAAAGACGGCUUGAGGAAACAACUAAAUUACAAGUUAUUACUGAUGGGAAAAGUAUUCCCAUUGGGCGGUAUUCCCGACAUUAAUUAAAAUCAAUAGAAUUGUCUUUAAUCGUAUUCUUAUAUACACUUAUAUUUAAUAAAUUUUUAUGGGACCAAA